AUGACCAAUACGAAUAGUAAGGGUGAAGGAAUAAGGUAUAUUAGAUUGAAUCAAGUGUUUAAUAAAGCUUUGUCUCAAUCUAUCUUGAAAUUUCAAAAUCAAGAAAAGAUAAAUUCAUGUUUCCCCAAGUAUUCGAAAACAAGGUUGGGUAAAGUACAUCUAAUGAACUGCCAGAAACAGGUUUCCGAAUUCUGGACAGAAUUGAGCCAUAGAGAAUUCGAAGAAAUCUUAAAAGAUCGUGAUGUAAAGAAUAAAUUAAAUGAAUUGGAUGCUCUGAUAAACUUCGCGAAAGAAAGACUACAAGAAAAGGAACAAUACCACCAGGAAGAUGACAAUAAACAAGUUUCAGUGACAGAUUUGAGUGCGGAACAAUUUAUAAACUGUAGCUUAUACUCUCAAAGAGUUCGUGCAUCGAAGGAUUUGGACAGCCGGUUAGAAACAAUAAAUGAGUUAAAUAGAAAUUUGGAACAAGAACUAAAGGAAUUAGAGAAAGAAUUAAACACGGAAAUAGAUGAUUUAGAGAACAUUAAAAGAACCUACCUGGGACAUGUAGCCAACCAACCACCAGACAGAGAGCUGGCGCAGGGAUUAAAUGACAUGUUGAUCGAAUUACAAGAGAAUUAUUAA